AUGGUGAUCGGCUCUUGCUUCUUAGGAUUAAAGAUCCAGGCUUGCGGGAACCUUGGGACCGGUCUAAAUCGCUCAAGUAUAUCUCCCAUGUCAUCUGCAAAUGUGUUAGUGAAGCCAUUGGUGAUUCAGGCUAGAGCCAAUCAGAGGACCGAGAGUCCUAAGAUUCGCAACCGAAGAUUAAGAGAAAAGGAGGCGGCAAAACGAGUUGGGGAAGAGCUUAUCAAGAUGUGUGUGGAUCUCAACAUAAACGAGAUCUCAUCUUAUGAUCGAAAUGGCUUGGCUUGCGGUGAACGAAUGCAAGCCUUUGAAAUUGCUAUUUACAGCCAUGGUUUCUUGCAUCGGUAG